ACCGGAGCAACACAAGCCUCAGUUGCUUGUGGCGUGUUAUGUUGGUGCUGAUGUUGGUGAUCGCGCCGUGCAGAGCCACCUACUCUGCUGAGACGUCCGAGGACAUGCCACAUCAAGAAAUUAAAACCUGGGCGACGGCAAUGGGCAACCAUCUGUCGACGCUAGUGGACACCGUGACUAAAUUUUCAGUCAUUCACCAGAGGUUCAACGCGAAUAAUCCUUCGGUGACGAAAAUAGAUGGAGCCCAACUGGUGAAGGAGAUGAGCCAGGACAUGAGUAACAUGAUGGGACACAAGCUGCAGGCUGUUAAGCGCAUCAUGAACGUGGCGGAAGAGUCAUAUAAGGACUGGGCCUCGAAGCAGGAAGAGGACCGAGGAAACAACGCUGAUCUCGUCUACGCCAAUGCAAAGAAGAUGAACAAAUAUUACCCCAAGGAUUUUAAAGAGCGCGACAAGGCGGGUAAGCUGGUGGAGGGCGGCAUGGUCGUGGAGCUUUCCAGCAGUAAACACUUCGACGACCUCCUCAUCAACACGUCGCUGUCGUCCAUACACGUCCCCACCAACGUCUAUGACAGGAGCCCUAAAAUUCUGAACGCCAUCCGCUGGUCCGAAACCCUGGACCGAACGUUCAGUUCAAACUACGACGUCGACCCCACGCUGCACUGGCAGUACUUCGGCAGCUCCGUGGGAUUCCUGCGCCAAUAUCCUGCCUCCCCUUGGGAGAUGGACCGCGACGAGCCUGACCUGUACGACGCCCGUCUUCGCUCCUGGUAUAUUCAGGCCGCCAACAACCCCAAGGACAUGAUCAUCCUGCUCGACAUAUCCGGUUCUAUGACGGGCUUGCGUAAGGAGAUCGCCAAGCACGUGGUCCUCAACAUCCUUGACACCCUCAACGAGAACGACUUCGUCAACAUCUUCACCUUCAGCGAGACCACGCGGGAGCUCGUUGGCUGCUUCAAUGACACGCUCGUACAGGCAAACCUGGAGAACAUCGGACAAUUCAAGACGGAGCUUGCGAAGAUCAAGACAGAGCAGAUCGCCAACAUCAGCCAGGCGCUCACCCGAGCCUUCGAGCUUCUGGUCUCAUUCAAUAACAAGUACAACCACCACGGGCUUGGGGCUAAGUGCAACCAGGCGAUCAUGCUGAUCACGGACGGCGCCCCGUACAAACAUUACAAGAUCUUCGAGGAGUACAACUGGCCUCAGCGGCAAGUGCGCCUCUUCACGUACCUCAUCGGCAGGGAAGUCACCGACAUCGGCAACCUGUUGUGGAUGGCAUGCGCUAAUAAAGGAUAUUUCGUGCACGUGUCCACGCUGGCUGAGGUACGAGAGCAGGUGCUGCAGUACAUCCCCGUGAUCGCCAGACCGCUCGUCAUGUACAGACAAGAGCACCCCCACAUCUGGACCGGCGUCUAUGCCGACGUCGCGGACCCGAAACAAACCGAGUGGUUGUGGGAGAUUCGCGAACGGAAAAGACAGUUAGAUAGAACACGGAAUUACAAGAAACUAACGGUGAUAACGAGCGAACUUAACAAGAAUGGGAACUUCACAACCGAGUCUGGGCAGCGGCUCGAACACACUGUGCUCAACGAUGCCAGAAAAGUCGAAAAGUUCCUCCGGUAUGGCGACUUUGGUGCAUCUGACGCUUACAUUGCCAAGCUCAAGGCUGAUGCCUUGCGUGCGACACGGAGAAACUAUCACUUCAUAUUCCGCCGGAGCAAAUGGACGCUCAUGAUCGGUCGCCACAAGGGGCGGGGGCAGAGGGCAGGCUACCGUCUCAUGACCUCUGUCGCGGUGCCCGUGUUUGACCUCAACCUCACCUCGAACAUCACGAAAAAAGUUCUGGAGAGACACAGCGUUUGGGUUUCCAGGACAGAAGAGGUAAAAACAGCAAACCUGCUCGGCGUCGCAGGUACGGAUGUACCGAUCGAGGAAAUCGAGAAGCUCGCGCCUCCGUACAAGCUCGGCGUGAAUGGGUAUUCAUUCAUCGUGAACCAGAACGGACACAUCCUCUACCACCCCGACCUCCGACCCGUGCACGAAGAAAGCAAUGCUGAGUUCCAGGACAUCCUCAAGCCGAACUACAACAGCGUAGACUUCACCGAAGUCGAGCUGCCGGCUGGGCCGGCCGAGGUGGAUGAACCCAGACAUAACCACUCCACCCUCAUGAGUAUUCGACAAAUGAUGAUCAAGCAAGAGCCGCUCUUCUUCAUCGAGACAGUUAAGCACCACAUGGAUCAAAUGCUAGAGAUCAGCAGGACUGAUGAGAAUGUGUCUCACUAUUUCCGGAAUGGAUCGUGGAACAUUCAUCCGGAUUGGGUGUACUGCCAGUACAAGUACGAGAAGCCCUUCGGGGCACCGUACUUGGACACGCCCGAGGCACUUCUUUCUCACUUCCUGGGGCGCGCGCAGCAGCAAGGCUGGAAGUGGCGGUCCACAAGAACUGUGCCGCCCACCAACCCUGAUAAGGACUCUUCCAAACAACUGCCUCAGGGCGACGAGGAAAAGAAAAAGAACUAUUUCUGCGAUAAGAAACUGAUGCAGUCGCUGCUGUUCGACGCCAAAGUCACGGACGUUUACAACGAGUCGGCCAACGAAGCGACGUCUAGUGUCAACCAGGACUAUUACAACAGCACCGGAAUCCGCACCGCCUUCGUGGCCACCCGCAGCGGCCUUACGCGGUGGCAGGACACGCCUGACGCUCCCCAGACUGAUGGACCGCACUUCUUGGAGGAGAACAACCGAGCCAUCGACGAGGUGUGGUACCGGCGCGCGGUUGACUACUUCGAGAAGGACCCCGAGGCGUACGUGUACGCGGUACCAUUCGACGCAGGAGCGCGCAACCUGAGCGAGGUUCUGAUGACGGUCACCCGCGCCAUCUACGUGGGUGAGGAGGGCCUCUACAAGGCACCCGUGGCCGUAGUGGGAGUCACCAUCACGCUCGCUAAGUUCAUCGACCACUUCAUCAACGGUACCAAGAAGUGCACAAGUGCUUCAUGCAAGGAGAGCAAGCUGUGCAAGCGGCCCGACCUGGACUGCUACCUGCUCGACGACUCAGGCUUCAUCGUCGCCUCUGAGAAGGACGAGAACACCGGCAGAUUCUUCGGUGAGAUCGAGGGUACAAUUAUGAACUCGCUGGUGAUGUCCGAGGUGUACAACAAGGUGAAGAUCUACGACUACCAAGCAGUGUGCCUCGAGAAUGUCAAAGAGGGCAGCGUAGCUAGCAUACUACUCACGCCUGUGCAAGUGAUCAACUGGACAGUGCGAUGGCUCGCCACGAACAUCAUCUGGUUGCUGGUACAGACGCAACUCUACCAGCUCUGGGACUCUAAUGAAGCUUGGGCUUAUUUGCACGAAGCGAAUCAGAAUCCUUAUGCGUAUAUUGAUCCAUUACGAGAGCCUUCUUUCAGACCAGAAGGUUCUUUAUACCAGCAUCGUACCUACUCCGAGGACCGUUACAGAAACAGACAAGCGUUUGGGGCGCAAGACGGCAUCGGAACUGGUCGUCAGAGUCCUGAUCGCAACAGCCAAUCUUUCGUUCCAAAAGGCAGCGGUAAUCAGCGAUCGUUCGCUCAAGGGGAAUACGACAACCUGGGCCAAGUGGGGCGCGACACUUACGGUUACAAGGCAUCGGGGGGAACUCGUGGUCGGUCCUUUGCAAACAGCGAUAAUUCGAACAAUAAUAAUUAUCCCGACACUCUAGAGUACGACACGCAGUUGCCCUUCGCUACAGAGGGCGUGCCGGAGUAUGAUGUCCAUGGUGGCACCGUCGUGGCUCCUGAUCGAAUCCCGAGUCGUCGACGACGUGAAGCUGAGACCGUCGUCGCAAUAGUUCCGAGUGACGACGUCGAAGAGCCCCUCGAUGUCGACGGGGAGACCAACGCUGCAGAGGACUCGCUCCUAAACACGGCCGAGAACUUCUACAACCUAACCGAACGCGAGAAGAUCGCUCAGCAAGCCGUCGACUACGACGACCUUCUGGCCACCGACGCCAGCAACGAUGGACACGAGUACCACGAAGAAGAGUUCACCGUCGAAGACUACGACGAUAUGGAAGACGUUCCACAGACUGAAGGCGAGGGCUUCCCUCAGCUCGAGCUCGCCUACAUCAACAAGACCAGGCCCCGUCCCUGCGAUAAAGAAGUUUAUCUCUACAACCUGAACAUGGAGAAACUGAAGGACCCCAGCGGCCGCUUCUCUGCCGUCAAAGGGAAACUCUCCAACUGCCACUCACACGGCUGUGGCAGGCCUUUCAGUGUACAAAAAAUCAUGAAGACGAACCUGGUGCUGAUCGUGGUGGACAACACUUGUCCGUGCGACAGUCAACGCGUGGACAUCGAGCCCACUGAGGUGAUCUACACAGAGGAGACGCUGUGUGGUCACCUGCUCAGCAAUAAAUACAGGAAACGACCUGAGAAGUGCAUCAACUAUCAUCCUGACGAAUGGCCGAAGGAUUUCGAAGUCGUUCCAACCCCUCCUGAUGAAAUUCCGGAGGAGAGGAUCGAGAUCUGCGCAGGGUGCAGCCACGGCGCCAGCCUCGUCGCGGUCACCGUAGCGCUGCUGCUCGCGUCCUGGAGUCAACGCUGAUGAUUUACCUAUGGACAUUUAAUCUAACCAAGCCUAGCAUUAGAUUUAUAAUCAUUUUCGUGGAUAAAUUUCAACCAGAAGAAGUCCUCGAUUUAUUGUGAUGCUUUUUUGAACAACUCUCAUUGCGGGCGAUCAUGCUUUGCACAUGACAAAGAUUUCAGUUCUAUUUGAACAUGGAUUUUGAACCAUCUCAAAACUGAAAAUUAUUUCAAAGUGGAAUUUAACAAGAAAUUUGUGACUUUUACUUCUAAUUGUAUUACUGGAAACAAAUUCUACAGAACGAUUCUUUGCGUUAAGCGUAAAGGGAAGUCAUCUAGACAAACAUUGUGACCAAACGUGACGGCUGUUUCAAGCCGCUUCAUGACCUACAAGUAGUUAGCAGGAGGUGGCGACUGUGUUUGGUAUAGUUUAGAUUGAAUAAUGAUUAUCAUUUCGUAAGAAAAUAUUAGAGCACACUUUAGCUUCUGACUGAAGGUGUUCAUAAUUCUAGAUGUGAGGGAUGAAUCGUCUCAAUUACAUGUCCUCCUUGGUUGCGAGUUCAACUUGUUGCUAGCUGUUGAUGAAUAUUAAGAGAGUUCCAGGCAGCCGUAGUCCUAAAUACUGUAUUAAAAUGUGUUUUUCUGUGUUGUUAAUACCACAUUUAUAUGGAUUGUUAAUGCAUAGUUGACUGUUUUGUUCGUAGACUGAAUGUGUUAAUUUACACCUGUUUCGACUCCAUGUCAGCUUCUAGUUCAUACGGAGCUCGUGAAUUCUUUCCAUAUACUGAGAAAUUUGCAGUUUCUCAAAGACAAUAAAUAAAUUAAAGUUUCGCGGCAAAGUUGCCAUUUUUUCUUUCUGAAUGAUCAAAUUUAUUGUGGUAUUUUAGCAAGCUCUGUCGCUUCUUGUUGACAUCACCGAACACAAUAUGCCUGCAGCUGUUCUAGUGCGCUCCUUGAUAUAUUCUUCCUCAUGAGGUAUAAUUAACAGAAGUAAUUGUUUAAUUAAUUUCUUUCUAUAUUCGCUGAAAUUAUUGAUGUUUUAGAAACUAUGAGCAAGUAUAUUCAUUGUGAUCGCAUACACAGUUAUACAACUGAAGGGAAUCUCUCGCGACCGCGGUACAGAAUGCACGUGUAAAAUGACAUUUUUCACAGAAAAUGUCUCCUUCCUUUUGAGAAUAGAGGCAGGAAAGAAGCGUUUCCACAUCUGAAUUGUAAAUGAACUGGACAAGAAAUGAAAAUGUUAAUUCUGUAAAGCCAAGUUAGCCAUUGCUGCCAACGUAAUGGAUAAAGGAAUUUCAAGCGCAGAUUCGCUGCGUCAAUAAACUAACAUGAGGUGCUAAAGAAUAGUUGCAGUGGUGAGAAGGUGACUUGUAAGAUUUUUUAAGAAAAAAUCGUUUAAAUUUAGAACGUGAUGAGGAGUCCAUUUUGUAUCUAAUCAGCCUUUCUUAAAUUCCCAAACAACCUCUCAGGUUUUUGAAAGAUUUAACCGUUUAAAAUCAUUUAAUUUAGCCCCUGACGACUAAAAACUCCUUUCCAUUCCCUGAACUUGAGAUAGUUCAUUCCUCAAUACAACAUAUCCUUUACUUACCAAGUUCAUGUUCUAGUCGAACUUCUUAAAAUAAUUACUUUCUAAUUCUACUACAUUUUUCGCGGUUCUCUAACGCCUAAAUCAAUUGCAUAUUAUAACUUGUCUAUCUGAUAUGCCUUAGUUAAUUAGCCUGUACUCGGCGUCUUUUACAUGUGUCAAAUCCGUGUAAUAUUUCGUUACUCUUUGUACCAAGCAAUAGAAGGAAUGAUAUAAAAGGUAUGAGUAGUUUCUCUCCAAAGUACUUCGUAUGAUACUUAUUUAUCUAGAUGUGCCAAGUGUGACAUUUUCCGACUGUCUUUUGAGGUUGCUAACAGCAACUACCAACACAGGUAGCACGGCGAAGAAUCCUUUAAAGUGGAAGAGUCUAACGUCCAGCGAAGCUAGAAUUCUUAAUACUUAAGAUUUUAUUAAAAUCAUGUAGGGAUAAAAUUCUUCAUUUCACCCUGGGUAUUGUUUGAAUUGAUCGAUGUCAACAGAGAUAAAUUUACUUACAGAGUUGGUAAAGUCACAUUUUUGGGUUUCUAAGCCAGUAUUUUGCUACCUGUGACUUGGUAGUUGGCGCUUCAACCGCUAUUUUGUAUUGUAAAUACAUAUUUUGAGGUACUCCGUUGACGAAAGCAACCAUUAGAUCUUUCUUGGAAUAUUUGUAGAAUGUUACUUCCAGAGGAGGUGACAGAAAGCUACUUAAUAGCUUAUACAUCAUCAUCAAAUUCAUCAUUAUUUGAUCAUAAUUUACAUUCAUCAUCCACGUUGCGUUGAACUCAUCCAGCGGAUCAGCUUGAUCGGUGGUCUGAGAGAGAAAAACGUGAUAUUCUUUCAGAAUUUAUGUCUGUUUAUGUUAUCAUUAUACAGCCGUGUAUGGCUGUAUAAUGAUUGAUGUGACAUUUAUUCACAAAAGUAAAAAAUUCCCCGCAAUAAUUCAAAAAGCAUUUGUUCAAUUUUUGGCAGGUGCAAAUCUACAUUCAAUUUUAUCGCGAGUGAAACAAUCCUUUGACCAACCGAAAAUAUGCUUCCGCCCACCCCUGAUUUUAUAUUGCAUUUUCCAAAUAUCAUGCAGAAAACUUGUUUGGCCACUAAUUCAAAAAUGAAUGGUUAAUAUUUCAAUGGUUGUAUUAUAAGUGAGGCUUCGAGACGACGGACUUCGCACAUGAGGGCAGGCGCCUGCUGUAACACGAGAAAAGAAACGGCCGAGUAUUGUUACUAAUUAGGACUGUAUUGUCCCUGUCUCUCUAAACUGGAUAUUGGACGGAACGCUGUGCAGAUUUAAUUUGAUUUGGAAGAUAUCGCCGCUUUCUUCUUUGGCAGGAACUUGACUUAUCGUGGAACUUGAAGAUUCAAUCGAAAUGAAUUGAAUCAAAUUCACUUUCACAUUCUGAUUGCACAUAAUGACGGAACUCCAUGUGUAGUGAAAACUAGUAAGAUUCGUAAGUAAGUAAGAUUCGUAAUAAUUUCGAAAUCUACUUCUGCAUGCAUUUUACAAAAUAUUUUCAUCUCCCUGGUCAUCAGAAAUGAACAUUGCUGUGGCCGUUAAAAUUGUUAAAUUUUCUACAUUUUAUACCUGCUCUAUCACAAUUGAUAUCUCUUCAAUUAUUCGUACUUCAAAUCUCGUCAAAAACUUCUAAUUGCAAAAUGCAUUCAGAUAAAAGUUCUGAGUUUAUGACAACAUUUUUGUCGACCUACGAGCCAUUUGUAGAACUGUUAAGCCGUGGCUGAUGCCGAAUUAGGAGUCAGUUGUGCAAGGCUGCGCAUAAAUAAAGUGUGAGUAAACUAUCAUGAGCUCAUCAGUGCAUCGACAAACAGCGUCUUAAAUGCUUUCAUUACACUUUGAGGAGGUGAACAAAUGUUCGCUUAAUUUUGAAGCAGCCAAACUUAGGGUUCUUCACAGAAGUGGUUAUGAAAAAUGUUGAUUAUUAGUAUGUUCGCGUAGAAAAUAAUGGGCAUGUUGAUCAUGCCAAGUACUGCAUCCACGCUGGACUGCCAUCUAGGAGAUCUGGACUGCAGUUAAUUGAAGCGCUGCGUGGCUCGUCGUGAGGAUGAGAUCUGGACAGCAGUUAACUGAAGCGCUGCGUGGCUCGUCGUGAGGCUGAGAUCUGGACAGCAGUUAACUGAAGCGCUGCCUGGCUCGUCGUCAGGCUGAGAUCUGGACAGCAGUUAACUGAAGCGCUGCCUGGCUCGUCGUCAGGCUGAGAUCUGGACAGCAGUUAACUGAAGCGCUGCCUGGCUCGUCGUCAGGCUGAGAUCUGGACAGCAGUUAACUGAAGCGCUGCCUGGCUCGUCGUCAGGCUGAGAUCUGGACAGCAGUUAACUGAAGCGCUGCCUGGCUCGUCGUCAGGCUGAGAUCUGGACAGCAGUUAACUGAAGCGCUGCCUGGCUCGUCGUGAGGAUGAGAUCUGGACAGCAGUUCAGAAGUCACCCGCUGGACUCUUUUAUUCCAGUUCAUUGGUGUGGGAGGGUGGGUGUUAUUCAUCUCGAAUUGUGAGACGUUAUGAAGUCUGAAUGUUUUUAAUUGUGUUUAUACUAAGUGUAGAUCUAUGUAAAAUUAAGCAGAAUUGUGAAGACAUAACUAGUUAACAUGUUGACAUUUUUUGAAUGAAAGAGAAGGUGAGAGGCUAAAUGACGUAGUUAGAGCCACUCAUGUUCUUUCCUUAUAGCUUAACGAUCUCAAGAUCACGUAAUUUAUUUAAAUAAUUAUUUCUAUUUAAGCCUGAACAACGCUUUUUCAAGUCGAUAACGGCCUAUUUCGGUUAUGUUAGCAAAGUCAUAAGGCGUGUACCUCGUUAAAACUAUAUGUAGUAAAGUGAUAAUCGUACGUUCUAUCAAUUGCUACAUUUUAGCCUGAUUGCUUGAUUUUUCCUUUCAAUAAAGAUAUCUAAAUUUUUGAAAAAUCGUUUUUUGUUGCAGUGCUCGGUUAAUGUGAGUGCAAUAACCGGACUCGGUGUGUUACGUUAAUUAAAGUGAGUGUUGUAUUAACGUUUAGUCAAAUAAAUAUGAGGGUGACGUUGCUAGUGUUUUGUACGUGAUUGUCUCCAAUACCUAAGAGUGAUCCAUAUACUUAAUUAACUUGUAUUUUAUCUUUAUAAAAUUAAAAGGAUGAGGGGUUCAGCCUGAAGUUGUGUUGACCGUGUCGCUGUCGUAAUACAUGUAAAAGUAUGUUGCAUACUUGAACCUGAGCGAAAAUGACAGUUUCUUGUAACACCAAAACCUAUAGUUGGGCUUGAUCAAACGAAGCCAACGGGUUAUAAUGAGGACCACGAGACAAUAUAAGUCGUCCUAUCCUUAAAAUAAUAGAAUGUAGUUUAUUGCAAUUAAAUGUUGUUGAAUAUUGUUAACUUCUUACACGAUUGGUUUCAAAAGACAAAAUUACGAUUAUGUAUCGCGAACCCCACAAACUGAAAUUAAUUAAAUGCUUGUAAAUAGUGUAACUUGAGACACAAAACAUUUGUUAUGCAAGACCAGUUACUAGAAUGUUAGUUACUUCGAUUGUGUUGUUGAUAGAACAUAUCAGUAGGCCUAUGGUGAUUAAAUAGCAGUUUCAGCAUGUAAUCCAGUGCAGUGAAUAAAUUUUUCAAAUUUGGUCUCGUGAAAAAACUAAUGGAAGUUCAGGAUUCCGAGUACCGAAUUCUUGCAUGAAGGCAGCGCAACACGAAACGCCAUGAUGGAAACCACUGCUUCAAUAUUUAAAGUAUUAUCCACAUUGUUCCAUGUGUUAUUAUCAACAAUUGAAAAUUUGUUGUAAAAAAUUUACUAAUUGCAACCAUAUUAUUCCAAAACUUCUUAUUUGUGUUACAUCUCAUUUCAAAUUAACCUUGUUUAUUCGUUUAUAGCAUAAUAUGUUCCUAUCCAACUGUAUUCUAUCAUUAGAUAUCGCAUAGUUCUUCUGACAAAUUCUAGAAAAGAUUUGAAUUACGAUCCUUUUGUAAAAUAAUUAUGGGAUAAGCCCUUUAACUCGUCCAUAAGUUGCAUAUUCAAAAAUACGUCGGUAUUCUGCGUCUAGUAUCCACGUUUUCUUCAAUAUUCAUUAGAAAAUUCGAUAAAUUUCAUUUCUCACAUUAACGCCUAAAUUUUUCAGUAUACCAGUGUUGUGAACACUGACACACGUACAUCAAUGCAAAUGAUAUGGCAAACCUCACUGUUUCCGACUGGCAGUAUGCAAGUGAUGAGGCAGAACUCACUGUUUCCGACUGGCAGUAUGCAAGUGAUGAGGCAAAACUCACUGUUUCCGACUGGCAGUAUGCAAGUGAUGUGGCAAAACUCACUGUUUCUGACUAGCAGUAUGAAAGUGAUGAUACAUAACUCACUGUUUCCGACUGGCAGUAUGCAAGUGAUGUGGCAAAACUCACUGUUUCCGACUGGCAGUAUGCAAGUGAUGUGGCAAAACUCACUGUUUCCGACUGGCAGUAUGCAAGUGAUGUGACAGAACGCACUGUUUCCGACUGGCAGUAUGAAAGUGAUGUGGCAAAACUCACUGUUUCCGACUGGCAGUAUGCAAGUGAUGAGACAGUACUCACUGUUUCCGACUGGCAGUAUGCAAGUGAUGAGACAGAAUUCACUGUUUCCGACUGACAGUAUGCAAGUGAUGAGACAGAACUCACUGUUUCCGACUGGCAGUAUGCAAGUGAUGAGACAGAACGCAAGGUUACAGACUUGGAGUACGUUAUUAAUGUGAUAGAAGACACGGUUACCGACAUAAAGUAUAAAAGACGCUGACUGGCUGAACCCCUUACCUCAGCCUGCGUGUGUGUGUCAGCAUGAGGGGGUGUCGCACAUAUCAGGUUCUUAGGUCGCUGGGAGCUGCGUUGACUCUUUAGCUAGCUCAUCUCUUAACAAAAUUCUUAUGCAAGGUCUUCGUAAUGCCAAAUCUAAGCUAUAGGCUGCUUCCAAACUGUGGUUUCAAGGCAUGAAUAGUUUAAGAUUAACGGAUUUUUGCAUAUGAUCGAUUCACUGCAUAAUUAUUUCGAGACUCCCCAGCAACACUGUCAGGUGUGGAUGGUCAACUGCAUUUCGCCGACAUCUUUUUGGCUGAACUUUUGCAUGAUGAUGUUUACUGCUUUCUAGCAAAGAAAUCCUUCAAACAUCAAUAGUAAUCAAGAUGGCAUGCAAUUUCUCAUGGGAUUUACACACGCUGCAUAUAAUACAGACUGAAUAUACAAGCUGUGUCGAGGCUUCCCUCCAUGCAGCGCCCAGCGACUCUACCGGCACAAAGUCGGGGAUUCGGAUAACGGCCUCAGCCAUUAACAUUUUCUCCUUCUGUGACUUGUUGACAAGUUUACUCUGUUUAAUAAUGGUACAGUUUUGUUUGGCAAUGUGAUGCUUCCGUUUUAUUAAGGUUCUUCAUUUGUUAUCGCAGUAAAAUCCAUUGGUGACUUAAAACCAUUAUUCAGUUUUCUUACAAUGCAAUAAUUUUCUGUGAACCGGUGUAUUAACAUAAUUACACGUGAAGAUUGAAGAGUAUGGUUAUAUAUUCACACGUAAUGAGAAAUCUUUUACUUAAGUUUUAUUUCUGCAUUAUUUGUUUGAGUAAUCCUCGGGAUACACUACAUGUAAACAGAAGCCUGUUAACCCCCCUCCGUUGUGCCGAGAACCCCCCUCCCCGAAACAGUUUCUUCCAUACGUUGGGCCUUGUGUGGUAAGCGGGGGCUCCUCCCCCUUGCCCUCAAUAAACAAUAAUUGUA